AGGAGGAGGAGGAGGGGAGGGGGGGGCGCGGCGAGCGAUGGAUGAGGACAACAUGACGAGGAGCGAGGAGCAGGAGCUGAGUCUGCAGAAGGCGCUGCAGCAGUGCGAGCUGGUCCAGAACAUGAUCGACAUCAGCAUCUCCAACCUGGAGGGGCUCCGCACCAAGUGCGCCGCCUCCAACGACCUCACGCAGAAGGAGAUCCGCACCCUGGAGAGCAAGCUGGUGAAAUACUUCAGCAGGCAGCUGUCCUGCAAGAGGAAGGUUGCCCUGCAGGAGCGCAAUGCCAAGCUGGAAGGCUUCCCCCAGCUCCUGCACUGGUUCCGCAUCGUGGACAUCCGUAAGGAGGUGAUGGAGGAAAUUGCUCCAGGGCAGCUGAGCCUGGAGGAGCUGCUGGACAUGACUGAUGACCAGGUCUGUGCCACCAUAGAGAAGUUUGGGGCCAACAGUGAGGAGUGUGCUCGCCUGAACGCUUCCCUCUCCUGCCUCCGCAGCGUCCACAAGUCCGGUGGGAGCCUCUCCAAGCAGGACUGGACCAUCCAGUGGCCCACGACGGAGCCGGGGAAGGAGAACAGCCCCGGGUGCCCGCCGGAGCCGGGGCAGUGGGGCAGGACGCACCUCCUGCAGAGCCCCCGCGUCCCACCCAAGUGCGGGCAGAACCACUGCCACGCGGGCUCGCCCCACGCCCCCCCGGCGGACAGGCUGACCGUGGAGGGUCCCGCGGGGCUGUGCCCGCCCGCCGAGCCCGGCCCCCGCUCGCUGCCGCCCUCCCCACGCCAGCGCCACGCCGCUCACACCCCUCCGCGCACCCCCAACAUCGUCACCACCAUGACGCCGCCGGGCACGCCGCCGGUGCGCCGCCGCAACAAGCUGAAGCCCCCCGGGACCCCCCCGCCCUCCUCGCGCAAACUGAUCCACCUCCUCCCCGGCUUCACCGCCCUGCACCGCAGCAAGUCCCACGAGUUCCAGCUGGGCCAUCGGGUGGACGAGGCGCACACCCCCAAAGUCAAGAAGAAGAACAAGCCCUUGAACCUCAAGAUCCACAACAGCGUGGGCAGCUGCGAGAACAUCCCGGCGCAGCGCUCGCCGCUCCUCUCCGAGCGCUCCCUGCGCUCCUUCUUCGUGGGGUAUCCACCCUUCCUCCCCUCCACCCCUCCUGUCCACACUGAAGCCACCUUCUCAGCAAAUACUCUGUCAGUGCCUCGCUGGUCCCCGCAGAUCCCCCGCCGAGACCUGGGAAACUCCAUCAAGCACAGGUUUUCCACCAAGUACUGGAUGUCCCAGACCUGCACUGUCUGUGGGAAAGGAAUGUUGUUUGGCUUAAAGUGCAAAAACUGCAAGCUCAAGUGCCACAACAAAUGCACCAAAGAGGCCCCUCCGUGUCACCUGCUGAUCAUCCACCGCGGAGCGAGGUUAGUCCGGACAGAGUCAGUGCCCUGCGACAUCAACAACCCCCUGCGGAAGCCGCCGCGGUACUCGGACCUGCACGUCAGCCAGACGCUGCCCAAGACCAACAAACUCAACAAGGACCACAUCCCAGUGCCCUACCAGCCAGACUCCAGCAGCAACCCUUCCUCCACCACCUCCUCCACACCCUCCUCGCCGGCCCCCCCUCUGCCACCCAGCGCGACGCCCCCGUCCCCCCUGCACCCCUCCCCGCAGUGCCCACGCCAGCAGAAGCAGUUCAACCUGCCAGCUUCUCAUUACUACAAGUACAAGCAGCAGUUCAUUUUCCCAGAUGUGGUGCCUGAGACACCAACCCGAGCCCCACAGGUGAUCCUCCACCCUGUCAACUCCAACCCCAUCCUGGAAGGAAACCCAUUGCUUCAAAUUGAAGUGGAGCCCACCUCGGAGAACGAGGAGGGCCCCGAGGAGGCUCAGGAGUCGGAGGACGACUUCGAGGAGAUGAACCUCUCUCUGCUCUCCGCUCGCAACUUCCCGCGCAAGGCCAGCCAGACCAGCAUCUUCCUGCAGGAGUGGGACAUCCCCUUCGAGCAGCUGGAGAUCGGGGAGCUCAUCGGCAAGGGCCGCUUCGGGCAGGUCUUCCACGGCCGCUGGCACGGGGAGGUGGCCAUCCGCCUCAUCGACAUCGAGCGCGACAACGAGGACCAGCUGAAGGCCUUCAAGAGGGAGGUGAUGGCCUACAGGCAGACCCGCCAUGAAAACGUGGUGCUCUUCAUGGGAGCCUGCAUGAGCCCUCCCCACCUCGCCAUCAUCACCAGCCUGUGCAAGGGGAGGACUCUCUACUCCGUGGUGAGGGAUGCCAAAAUCGUCCUGGAUGUGAACAAGACGAGGCAGAUAGCACAAGAGAUCGUGAAGGGAAUGGGCUACCUGCACGCCAAAGGCAUCCUGCACAAGGACCUCAAGUCAAAAAAUGUUUUCUAUGACAAUGGGAAGGUGGUGAUCACAGACUUUGGCCUCUUCAGCAUCUCAGGAGUCCUCCAAGCAGGCAGGCGGGAGAACAAGCUGCGGAUCCAGAACGGUUGGCUGUGCCACCUGGCCCCGGAGAUCAUCCGGCAGCUCUCCCCGGACACCGAGGAGGACAAGCUGCCCUUCUCCAAGCACUCUGACGUCUUUGCACUGGGCACCAUCUGGUACGAGCUGCACGCACGGGAGUGGCCCUUCAAGACCCAGCCAGCAGAGGCAAUAAUCUGGCAGGUGGGAAGAGGGAUGAAGCCCAACCUCAGCCAGAUAGGGAUGGGCAAGGAGAUCUCGGACAUCCUCCUCUUCUGCUGGGCCUAUGAGCAAGAGGAGAGACCCACCUUCACCAAGCUCAUGGACAUGCUGGAGAAACUGCCAAAGCGCAACCGUCGCCUUUCCCACCCUGGGCACUUCUGGAAGUCAGCAGAGUAA